AUGGCGCCAUCUGUUUUCGAUCUUGCUAGCACGUACGGGGCCCAACUGGCCCUGGUGUUGUUCCUAAUGAUUGUCCUGCGAUUCUUUCACGAGAUGUUGAAAGUACGCCUGCUCUUCUACCGACUGCGCAAGCUGGGCCUACCAAUGCCCAAGUGGGAUUUCGGAGCAGGUAAUCUGCGGAUGCUCCCAGACCUAAUGAAGCGGCACCCCAAAGGAUCCCAACAGUCAGAGGCUUUUACUCUCCUGUCCUACGAGUUUUCUAGCUUUGACAAUUGCUUCUACAUUGAUGUGUGGCCAUUCACAAAGCCCCUACUGGUGCAUACUCCCCAUAUUCUGGAGGAAGCCCAAGAGUAUGUAGCAGUUCUCCGCGAGCAUGCGCGCAAGGGCGAUACCUUUACAUUGGAUAAAAUGACCUGUGACUAUGUCCUGGAUAUUAUCGGACAUGUGGCCAUGAAAGCACGCCUUCACUCUCAGCGCGGACGUAAUCCAGUGGCGGCUGCAUUGAGGAGCCAAGUCGAGUGGCAUUGUCAAGAUGAGGAGAUGAAUCCCUUCAUCCGAUGGAAUCCCAUGCGACCGAUAAUGCAAUGGCACAACGGACGUACGAUGAGCCGUUACAUUGGGCUCGAAUUAGAUAAACGGUACGAGGACUGGAGGCAGCAAAAGCCAUCAGCACGGGCAAAUUCAAUUAUCGAUAUUGUGCUCGCUGAAUACAUGAGUACGCGGCCGGCAGGGACAACACUAGAUCCUGAGUUUAAAGCAUGGGCCACUAUCCAACUCCGAACCUUCUUGUUCGCAGGACACGACUCAACUGCAGCGACGACUGUUUACAGCCUCUAUCUAUUGUCCAAGCAUCCGAACAUCCUUUCCAAGGUUCGCCGUGAGCAUGAUGCGGUAUUUGGGUCAGAUAUUUCGGCUGCAACUGGCAUCCUCAAACAGCACCCCGAGUUAAUUAAUCGGCUCCCGUAUACUCUGGCGGUUAUAAAGGAGACCCUCCGUUUAUUUCCCGCUGCCUCUGCGUUGCGAGAGGGCCAGCCUGGUGUCUACCUGCAGGACAAGCAUGGCACUAAGUACCCGACCGAGGGAUUGUGUAUCUGGGUGAUACAUGGGGGCAUUCAACGUAACCCUAAUUAUUGGCCAGAGCCACAUGCUUUCAAACCAGACCGUUGGCUGGUUGGACCAGACCAUCCCUUAUAUCCUCCCAAAGGCGCUUGGCGUCCUUUCGAGCAGGGUCCUCGAGAUUGCAUCGGCCAAGCGCUGGCCCUCCUGGAUAUCAAGAUCACACUGGUGCUUACUCUCCGCGAGUUCGACUUCCAGGACCAGUACGCGGAAUGGGACCGUCAGCAUCCCCGGUCCGGGCCGAAGACUGUCUUCGGCGAGCGUGCCUACCAGAUUCCCCAGGACUCGGAGGCGUGUCUUGACAGCCCUGUCGCGCGUUGUUUUCAUUCUUCCCGGUUGGACCCACCAGCCCUAAGUUGA